CAACAAGAGUGACGGUGAUUGCAAAAAUCUUCUCUCUCUCCUUUUUCCGCUGGACUCUGAGAAAGUGUUUAAACCCUUGCUCCACCUCCUCCUCUUUUUCUUCUUCGUUGUUAUUUGCAGGUUUUUGCUUAAAAUGAAUUCGCUUGGUAUUAGACUUGCGAAGCAUCUUCGUAUCACUCCUCUGAGCUCCUCUUCCCAUGCAUUUGGAAUGACGAUGACGGGAACACAGUGGUACUCAACAUUGUCAACUGAAAGUGACAAUGACGAGGGCGUAAAUGAUAGGGUUAAUGAUGAUCGAAAGAAUGAAGAAUUGGAUGAUGAAUUUGAUGAUUUUCUUGGUAGCAAGCCUGAUCUAGAACUGCAGGGUGUGGAUCCAAAGAGGGGUUGGGGAUUUCGAGGAGUGCACAAGGCAAUAAUAUGUGGAAAAGUUGGCCAAGUCCCUGUACAUAAGAUAUUGAGGAAUGGGAAGAACGUAAUGAUCUUUACGGUUGGGACUGGGGGAAUGUUUGACCAGAGAAUCAUGAGAGAAGUGGAUAUGCCAAGACCUGCUCAAUGGCAUCGCAUUGCUGUGCAUAAUGACAUCCUUGGGGCCUAUGCAGUACAACAACUUUUUAAAAACUCUUCAGUUUAUGUUGAGGGUAACAUUGAGACUAGAGUUUAUAAUGAUAGCAUCACUGGUGAAGUCAAAAGCAUUCCUGAGAUAUGUGUACGUCAUGAUGGGAAACUUCGCCUCAUAAAGGGUGGAGAGAGCAUUAAUUCAAAUUCAUUGGAUGAAUUGCGAGAAGGGUUGUUUUAGUAGAAACCUGGAAAGAUGAAAGGUGAAAAUGUUAUUGGUGGAAUGGAAGCACGUGCUUUGUAAGAAUCACAUGUUUGUAGUGAAUAGCAGCAUUUUUAAUGAACAAUAUAAAGAAUACUUUGCUUCGUUUCUUUAUUAUAUAUAUCUUUCAGCUUUCUGGAUUUCAGUUUCCCAUAUUCUUUUAAUAUAUGGGAAAGUGCAGAAGAACAUUUUUCCCCCCGAUAACAAAUCAUGUGAACAUGGAUAUGAAUGAUACUAAUCAAUUAACACUUAACGCGUACACUUGUAUAG